UAUAUAUAGACUGGGUUUAGCCUGGCUAAUCACUAAAUACAUUGCAGUUUAGCUCUCUAUGAAAAUAUGCAACUGUUCUUAAUUAUUAAUUACCUUUUAUAGUUUCAGAUCGAGCUAGCUCUUCACAUGUACCAGUAGCUAGGACUUGUCUCUUGAUAUAAACUUUAAUUAAGGAAGAAUGUGGAAGCUGAAGAUUGCGGAGGGAGGACCCUGGCUAAGGACACUAAACAAUCACGUGGGUCGACAACACUGGGAGUUCGAUCCAGAUGCCGGAACACCAGAAGAACGAGCCGAAGUAGAGAGAGUUCGUGAGGAGUUUACGAGAAACCGCUUUCGGAUCAAACAAAGUGCUGAUCUUUUGAUGAGAAUGCAGCUUACUAAGGAAAACCCUAGUGGACCAAUUCCUGCAGCAAUUAAAGUGAAGGGAAUAGAGGAUAUAACAGAGAAGACAGUGACAGCAACAAUAAGAAGGUCUCUCGGCUUCUAUUCCUCCCUCCAGGCCCAUGAUGGCCAUUGGCCUGCUGAAUCCGCCGGUCCCUUGUUCUUCAUUCAACCUUUGGUUAUAGCGUUGUACGUUACUGGAGCAUUGUGUGCCGUUCUAGGACCUGAACACCAGAAGGAAAUUAUUCGUUACAUCUACAAUCAUCAGAAUGAAGAUGGAGGUUGGGGACUACACAUAGAAGGUCAUAGCACGAUGUUUGGGUCAGCGCUAAGCUACAUUGCGUUGAGGCUGCUAGGAGAGGGUCCUGAUGAUGGGGAAGGCAUGGCCGUGGCAAGAGCCAGGAAAUGGAUUCUUGAUCAUGGUGGUGCGGUUGGAAUUCCAUCUUGGGGAAAGUUUUGGCUUACGGUACUUGGCGUAUAUGAUUGGUCAGGGUGCAACCCUUUGCCCCCUGAGUUCUGGCUUCUACCAAAUAUGUCCCCUAUUCAUCCAGGGAAGAUGUUAUGCUAUUGUCGGUUGGUGUACAUGCCUAUGUCAUACUUAUACGGGAAGAGGUUUGUUGGCCAAAUCACCGGAUUGGUUCGAUCACUGAGACGAGAGCUCUACACUGAGCCAUACUUUGACAUUAACUGGACUAAAGCCAGAAACACUGUUGCAAAGGAAGAUUUGUAUUAUCCACACCCCCUGGUGCAAGAUAUGCUGUGGGGAUUUCUUCACCAUGUUGCUGAACCAAUUCUGGCUCGUUGGCCCUUUUCUAUCCUGAGAAAGAAGGCCCUAGAAGUAGCAAUCGAGCACGUACACUAUGAAGACGAGAACAGCAGAUAUCUUUGCAUUGGAAGUGUAGAAAAGGUGUUAUGUUUAAUUGCUUGUUGGGUCGAAGAUCCAAAUUCGGAAGCGUACAAGCUUCACCUGGCUAGAAUACCAGAUUACUUUUGGAUCGCUGAAGAUGGCUUGAAAUUUCAGAGUUUCGGUAGUCAGAUGUGGGACGCAGCCUUUGCAAUUCAGGCAAUACUCUCUUGUGACCUAAAUGAAGAGUAUGGGACAACACUUCGAAAAGCGCACGACUUUGUGAAGGCUUCACAGGUUCGAGAAAACCCUGGUGACAACUUCGCAGCCAUGUACCGACACAUAUCUAAAGGCGCAUGGACAUUCUCAAUACACGACCAUGGUUGGCAAGUCUCCGACUGCACUUCAGAAGGACUAAAGGUUGCACUCUUGCUCUCGCAAAUGCCAGAGAAACUAGUUGGGGAAGGAAUGGAAAGAGAAUGUUUUUAUGAUGCUGUGAAUGUCAUUCUUUCUUUACAAAGCAUCAGUGGCGGUUUCCCUGCUUGGGAGCCUCAAAGAGCAUUUCGUUGGUUGGAGAAAUUCAACCCCACAGAGUUCUUUGAAGAUACUCUUAUUGAACGAGAGUACGUAGAAUGCACUGCAUCAGCAGUUCAAGGUCUAGCACUCUUUAGAAGAUUGUAUCCCAACCAUCGAAGAAAGGAAAUAGACAGUUGCAUAUCAAGGGCAAUUCGUUACAUUGAAGAAACACAGAACCCUGAUGGUUCAUGGUACGGAUGCUGGGGUAUUUGCUACACAUACGGUACCUGGUUUGGUGUAGGAGCACUAGCAUCCUGUGGGAAGAAGUACCAGAAUAGUCCCAUAUUGCGCAAAGCCUGUGCAUUUUUGCUAUCAAAGCAGCUACCCGAUGGUGGAUGGGGAGAGAGCUACCUUUCCAGUCAAAAUAAGGUUUAUACAAAUCUAGAAGGCAACCGCGCUAAUCUGGUACACACCGCAUGGGCUUUAUUGUCCCUCAUCGAUGCCGGGCAGGGUGAUGUAGAUCCAACCCCCAUUCAUCGUGGAAUAAGGGUUUUGAUCAAUUCACAAAUGGAGGAUGGUGACUUCCCUCAACAGGAAAUUACUGGAGUAUUCAUGAGAAAUUGUACACUAAACUACUCCUCAUAUCGUAAUAUCUUCCCGAAAUGGGCUCUCGGGAAGUAUCGCCGACGCAUUCUGAUGCUUAAAUCUUGAAAUUCCUGACAUGCAUGUCAUAGGGAAAUAUGAUCGUGAUACUAAAUUAAGCUGUUCAUAUGAUUAAUACGUAUAUAUAGCAGUACUCCCACCAAAUAAUCUGAAAAACAAUAUGUCGAUACCUCCACACUACUAUACACUAUAUUACUUUUGAAAAUAAGCAUGACCACUCUUAUGAUAUAUAUUUGCUUCUUUUGAAGCAAAUAUAUUGCUAAGUCGAUCAAGAAACUCUUCCUAAGUGUGUUUGCAUCUGUGUUUGUACGAUCUUCCUUGUUUAUAUAGAUACCUAAAUGCAUAUGAAUGUAACUCCAUUCAUGGAAUGUUUGUAGUUUGUAAUGAAGGAUAUUUAUAUUGGAUCCAUUAUUAUAUUCUUAUACAAGUAA